AAGACCAUUCUUCACUUAACCCUCUCUCUCUUUACUCAGCGUCAACUCGCUUCUCUCUCUCUUUGGUUCACCGACCACCACACCCAAAAAACACCAACAAACCCAAAGACUUACCCAAAAUGAAUCAAACAUGGCCAAAUACCAAGAACAUGAGGAACACCAUAUGGUGUCUAUCCGUUCUGAACCCAAAUUUUUUCAAAUCAAACCCAAAUUCAGCAAAUCCAAAGACAAACCCUACCUGAAAUUUGACAUGGAACACAAACCCAACAAUAAAACUAGCAAAUAAACACCUUAUCUAACCGGAUCAAAACUCAAAAUAAACGAACCCUAACUAAAAAAAAUUCAAAUAAUAAAAUAUCACGCACAUCAAUUGAUAGAGGGGUAAUGUUAUCUAUACAUACAACAAGAAAAAACAAACGCAAAAACGAAGGGAAAUGCUAGAAAAGAGCCUCGUCGGAGCUUGAAACACCGGCGCCACCAACCUCAAAGUCUUAGGUGCUUACAGUAGUUGAUUCGAUCCCAUGAAGAAAGUUAGAAACUUGAAGAAGAGAUUGGAAAGACCCGUUGAGUUGGAUAAAAUCAACAAUGAGACUAGGGUUCAAGAUGUCGAUUGGAUUUGCUCUCUUUCAGAGUCUGAGAUUGAUUUUAUGAUUAGCUUGAAACUGUUGAUCACAAAGCGAGCAGAAAGGAUAGGGUGUAAAAACUUGGCUGACAGAUUUGACCUUAAGACGAUUCGAGCUAUUGCAUUUGUUUUGAUGGAAAAUCUCAAAACAGAGGUAAAAGAAACAUCACUUGUACCAGACUCAGUAAAAUCUACUGCCUUCUUAGAUGCUUGCAACAUACUUAAAUGUAGUAAUGUGGUUUCUGCAACUAUUGAAGAGCUUAGUAAAACUGUUGGUGCUGAUAUACAACCUAUUCUAACAAGUUCGACGCCAACUUCCAAACGAAAGAAACGGAAAGUUGGAAGCAAAGAGUAAGAUUUUAUCCUGAAAGGACCUGAAAUUUAUUCUCCUUAUUUUGUUGUCCUUACAUGUGCUGUGAAAACACUGAUUUUGAGUGUCUCCAUAGGCUAAUUAGCUAGUAAUAUUUUUUUAUUUGGUUAGCAUUAAAUAUUUUCUGCAAGAUUGUAUAUAUGUGAGAAAAAACCAGUGCGAAAAAUGAAGAUAUGAAGUUUUGCAAUCUUUCAAUGA